GCCCUCCGCUCAGGCGCUGCUCGGCCGCCUCGCAGGGGUCCUGGCCGGGCGCGGAAGCCCCUUGCCGUACAGCAUGGCGGCGCUGUGGCGGCGGGGGGAGCGCUUCCUGAGGGUGCCGGGGCUGCGCCGUACGGCGCGAGCUCUCUCAGGAAAGAAGGAGUAUGACCUGCUGGUCAUUGGUGGUGGAUCUGGAGGCCUCGCUUGUGCAAAAGAAGCUGCUCAGUUUGGAAAGAAAGUGGCUGUUUUGGAUUAUGUCGAACCUUCUCCACGAGGAACCAAGUGGGGACUUGGUGGAACUUGCGUAAACGUUGGCUGCAUUCCUAAAAAGCUUAUGCAUCAGGCAGCCCUUUUAGGGGGUGCUCUUAAAGAUGCCCAGCACUACGGCUGGAAUAUAGCCCACCCAGUUCAACAUAACUGGUCUGUGAUGGCUCAAGCUGUUCAGAAUUAUGUGAAAUCCCUGAACUGGGGACACAGAGUGCAGCUACAAGACAAGAAGGUGAAAUAUUUCAACAUGAAAGGAAGUUUUUCAGAUUCCCAUACAGUCUGUGGUUUAGCAAAAGGAGGUAAAGAGACUACUCUUACUGCAGAAAAAAUUGUCAUUGCUACUGGAGGAAGACCAAAAUAUCCUACACAUAUUGCAGGUGCGCUGGAGUAUGGAAUCACAAGUGAUGAUCUGUUCUGGUUAAAAGACUCUCCUGGAAAAACGUUGGUUGUUGGAGCCAGUUAUGUUUCACUUGAAUGUGCUGGUUUUCUAACUGGUAUUGGAUUGGACGCUACAGUCAUAAUGAGAAGUAUCCCACUUCGUGGAUUUGAUCAGCAAAUGGCAUCUUUAGUAACUGAGCACAUGGAAUCUUAUGGCACAAAAUUUUUAAAGAAAUGUGUCCCAAUGAAAGUUGAAAAACUGGAAAACAGCAGGCUACAAGUCACCUGGAAAAAUACUGACUUGGGCACAGAAGAAACGGAUUCCUUUGACACAGUGAUGUGGGCAGUAGGCCGGGUCCCUGACAUUGGAACCCUCAAUUUGGAGACCGUUGGAGUGAAAACUAAUUCUGAAACUGGAAAGAUCAUUGUUGAUGCCAGCGAAGCUACUUCUGUUCCUCACAUUUAUGCAAUUGGAGACAUAGCAGAGGGCCGUCCGGAGCUGACACCCACGGCAAUAGCUGCAGGGAAACUGCUGGCUCGGCGUCUUUUUGGCCAGUCUUCAGAAUUGAUGGACUAUGACAAUGUACCUACUACAGUUUUCACUCCCUUGGAAUAUGGUUGUGUUGGACUGUCAGAAGAAAAGGCUGUGCAGUGUUAUGGAUCAGAUAAUGUUGAGGUAUACCAUGCUUAUUAUAAACCUUUAGAGUUUACAGUGGCUGAAAGAGAUGCAGCUCAAUGUUAUAUAAAAAUGGUGUGCUUACGAGAAAGAGAGCAACGAAUCCUCGGCCUUCAUUUCAUUGGACCAAAUGCUGGGGAAGUUAUUCAAGGAUUUGCUCUUGGAAUCAAAUGUGGUGCUACAUAUCCUCAGCUAAUGAAGACAGUUGGCAUUCACCCUACCUGUGCUGAGGAAAUUACCAAGUUACAUAUUACAAAACGUUCCGGCCUGGAUGCAACAGUUACAGGUUGCUGAGGUUAAAUACCAUCCCUGGAAAGGAGGAAAAAAAGCACAAACUGUAUCUGAAAAGAAAAGGGGCACUUGGAGUAGAAGUAGCUUUAAUAGUUUAAGUUCCAGGAACCUUUCUCAUUCUCUCCAUAGACAGUCAACAGAAUUACCCUCACAUCAUCAGAGUUUUAAAACCAUUGCAGUUCACACCAUAACAAAUCUCUCUAUUUGAAAGUGCAUAUAGCUCUUUUUCUUUCUGGGAGCUAGGGAGUAAUUGCAGCUCUAUGUACAAAAAUAUAUGAAAAGUCAUUAACAUCUUGGGCCUUCUUAAAUUUAAAUAGUUGCCAUUUGAGUUUCUGUGUUGGCAUUGCUGACUGCCUACAGAAGUCUCUUGCAUUGUGUUCGUACAGGUGCCAGGCAUCAGACAGAGCUUUCCUUAGAGUUUUGGUGGGGAUGCUUUCUCUUAAGUACUUGGAUGGUUCAUUACUGAUCCUAUUACUGAACAUUAAGACUUUGUGCUCGCUGGUAGAAGCAAUUUCCUAGAAGUUCCCUAACAAUUGGUACGCAGUCACUCCUUCCCCCCCACCCUCCCCUUUUGAAAUGUAAUAUGUAAUUAUCUGCAAACUUUUUUUGGAGUAGUGACCAAAGUAAUAAUUAACCUAUUGCAAGUUUCUACUAGUUUUACUUCUGUCCACAAGGGGGAGAUGCUGGCUAACUUGUGGCAACGGAGAAUCAUUAGAAAUCCGAUGAUUAAACUUCUUUUGCAGAAGAAACAAGUUAAAUAUGUGUAAGUAGCCUGACAAAGGCACAAUACAAAGCACAUCGAAUUUCAAGCCAAGUUGCAGUUGCCAACGUUUUGAUAUGCAUAGUCACUUAAUUUCUUGCAGCCUUUACAGUAGAGUUGUAUUUGUAGAAAAGGGAGAGAUCAACUUCAGGUAAAACAAAAUGUAUCCUUUUUGCAAUUCAUCUGUGUAAGUGUUUGUGCAUGUGUAAUUUGAUAUUUUCAUAGCUGUCCCGUGUUCUGCUUGCGACGCGUUUUGGAAGAGUAUUCUGAUGAUCAUGUAUAUCUUUUGUUAUUUUUUCUCUGACUGGUUUGCUGCUGCAGCCUGCAACGUGGACAAAGAUUGGUUUAUUUCAAGUAUGGAAUGUUUUCUUACCGUGAGAAUUGUACCUGCCAGAGAAAAUAUUAGACAGAAACUGAUCAGACAUGGUAAAAUAUCCAGUAUUUAUCGCACUGUUGUUUACACUUGAAUACUCUGGUUUUUAGGAUUUGUUCUGGCUUAAAAAGCCACAAAAGAAAUACUAAAUCCUUUCUCUUCCAAGUGUCCUGAUGUUUCUGAUCCAUGAAAGCUGGGGUGAUGCAGUUUGACUGCAGGUGUUUUCAGAUCUGCUGGUGUAAUUUUUCAUCUAUGAAAUCAUCAAUAACCAUGUAUAAAAAUACCUCAAGUCAGAAUACUGCCUGAAUAUUGCAACUUCCUUUAGAGGAAGUGGUAUCAAAAUUUUAUAUCUGCAUGUGAGUGCAUGUAUACCUGCACCUUCAGAAAUUUCUGUUUCAUUUCAUAGAGGCCUGAUGAGAACGAUACAGCCAAAUUUCCCAGCUGUAAAAGUAUUUGCAGUAAAUUCGUUUUUUCUAAGAUAUUUUACUUAGUAUUUCAAAACACUGAAAUACAGAGCAUCUCAGUCUGCAGAGAUUUUACUGAGAAACAUCCCACCUCUGACUAAACUAUAAUGUGAUGUAUGCAUGAUCUUUUUCCCAGUGAUUACUUACUAGUUCAUUUUGCUCCCACACAUGAAAGCAUCGAUGUUCACUCAUGUGAAAGGGCUUCCCUCCUCUGUCAGAGGAAUGCUUCCAGCAGACUGCGUUGUCUGUCUCUACAGACUGAUCAAUGGAAAGUUUAGUUAAUUUCAUUCAUUGUAAAGCUGGAAAUUAUUUGGGACAACCAGUGAAGAGAUCUCAAGGAAAUGUGUUCUGAAUACAUUCAGUGUUUGAAACUGAGGCCUGUGGGCAUCCUUCAAAUAGUAGAAGUCUUGGUUUUACAAUUGUUAUGUGGACUUCGUGAAAAUGGAUCCUGUAUUAUGUGCUGCAGCCUGGUUCUACUCCUCAUUUAAUGGAAAAUGUUGCCACCUGAAAUAAAACUAAAUGUUUAUUCAUGCCUACAUAAACCUAAGGUCAGAAUUGACAGCAAGAUAGAAUAAGGAAAGUAGUGCGAUUUGUGCUUUUUUUCCUGAAAGAUUCUUUGAGCAACUUUCCAGGAUGGUCCUUCUGUUUUUAAAAGCCUGACUGAUGUCAGUUGCGAUGGGCUGAUGUACGCCACGAACCACUGAUUAUGUGUGGAAGUUAAAAAUGAUUGUGGGUUUUUUCUCCGGAUGCCAGCUGAUGACGGCUUGUUUGUCAAACCGCAGCACGGCGCAGACAAGUCUGAGCAUUGCUGGGUCCCACAUGUAUUCUCUGAUAUUUAUUGUGUUGUGAAUUAGCAAAUUAAUAAAGAAUGUAUUUUUUAGUAAA